GUUACACCUCAGCAGCCAAGUAACUGGUUUCUUUAACUCUUUCGUGCCUCUUAUGAGGUGAAAUCAAGGGUCCAAGAAAAUGGCACCAUUAACUGAAAAGCCUGAAUCAAGACAUAAACAAAAUCCAGAAGUGAAAAAGGCAAGUCCCUCUGCCACAAUGAGCUCUGAACACGAAGAAAUUGAUGUUGCAAAAACUGUUGUUAAUGGACUGAGCAGCAAUGGACGAGAAAAAGAAACAGAUCCUACUAGAGUCUGCAGUGGAAAAGGAGCUGUGACCCUGCGGGCAUCUCCAGCCUGUCAGGAGAAUCAGAAUAUCACUUUGCCAUGUCCUCAGAAUGUCGAGCAACCUGAAAAUGAUUGGAGGUCACCGUCUAACACUGAUGCCAAUGGGGAUGCCCAACCAUCUUCUCUGGCUGCCAAGGGUUACAGGAGUGUGCGUCCGAACCUUUCCUCAGACAGCAAGCCACAGGAUACCACUGCCACCACCACAACUCAGCCUGGGGUUAUAGUAGUCCCCCUCCUCCAGGUUAAUCCAGAAAGACAGCAAGAAGGCAGUUCCAGCACUCCACCACCGCCUCUGGUUCCUUUCGGGCAAGGCUCCACAUUCCCUGAGAUUGUUCCUUCUGGCUCACCCUUGACUUUUCCGACUCUAGAUGAUUUCAUUCCCCCACAUCUCCAGAGGGGUUCCCACCAUAACCAAGCACCCUCCUCAUCUGGCACAUCACCCUAUGUUUACCCGAAACUGGCAUUCUUCUCAUCACCACCUUCACUUGUCCCUCCAGUCACAGGGACUUUGCACAGGGGCUUGAAGCCUGAAAUCACUGGAGUCAUCUCACGUACAGACCCAAGUCCUGUGCUAAAUGAAGUGCCCCAGCCUGUCAUUGGCACUGACUAUCCAACCUCCUUCACUUCAAUCAACAAGUCUUCCUCUGCCUAUCCCUCAACCACAAUCGUCAAUCCUACUAUUGUCCUUUUGCAGCACAAUCGAGAACAGCAAAAAAGGCUUAGUAGCCUGGCAGAUUCAGUGCCAGACAAACUAGUUUCUGAUAAAGUUGAUUCAGCACUCAUACGGGACAAGCCACUUCAGGAGACAGUGCCAAGUGAGAAGAGAGCAAUGGAGGAAAAGAGAAGCACUGUCAAGAGUCCUCAGCACAUGGCUGAUACCUCUGUUGAUGACAUUGGCAUUCCACUUAGGAAUACAGACAGAUCGAAGGACUGGUACAAGACAAUGUUCAAACAGAUCCACAAGCUAAAUAGAGAUGAAGAUUCUGAUUCAUACUCUCCUCGUUAUUCCUAUUCUGAAGACAGCAGAACUCACCUUUCAGUUCCCCGCUCCAAGAGUGAGAUGGACAAUAUUGAUUCGGAGAAGGUUGUUAAGAGGUCUGCCACUUUGCCACUGCCAAACCGUACUUCAUCAUUGAAAUCAAGCCCAGAAAGGACUGACUGGGAGCCUCCAGACAAGAAAGUGGACACCAGAAAAUACCGUGCAGAGCCCAGGAGCAUUUAUGACUAUCAGCCAGGAAAGUCUUCAGUUCUGAACAAUGAAAAGAUGACUCGGGAUAUAAGCCCAGAAGAGAUAGAUUUAAAGAAUGAACCUUGGUAUAAAUUCUUUUCGGAAUUGGAGUUUGGGAAACCGCCUCCAAAAAAGAUUUGGGAUUAUACUCCUGGAGAUUGCUCUAUCCUUACUAGAGAGGAUAGAAAGACUGAUCUAGAAAAAGACCUCUACCUCUACCAGACUGAGUUAGAGGCAGAUUUAGAAAAAAUGGAGAAGCUUUAUAAAGCACCACAUAAAAAGCCACAGAAGAAUACAACAGGUGUCACUCCUCUGGAAACUUCCACAGAACAUUCUUCCUACUCUGCAUAUUCACCCAACUACCAAGCAGUGAAGAGGGAAUCAGAACCAGACCCUGCUGGCUUGGAGAAUGAAAGGCAGAUUUACAAGAGUGUGCUGGAAGGUGGAGAUAUCCCAUUCCAGGGGCUGAGUGGCCUCAAGCGACCUUCUAGCUCUGCUUCCACAAAAGAUUCAGAAUCACCAAGGCAUUUUGCACCAGUUGAUUACAUGGAAACUCCAGAAGAAAUUAUCCGCAGACGGCAUGACGAUAAAGAGAAACUUUUAGAGGACCAGAGACGGCUUAAACGUGAGCAAGAAGAAGCAGAUAUUGCAGCUAGAAGGCACACAGGGGUUAUUCCAACGCACCAUCAGUUUAUCACUAAUGAGCGAUUUGGGGACCUCCUAAAUGUAGACGAUACAGCAAAGAGGAAAUCUGGGUCAGAGAUGAGACCUGCUAGAGCCAAGUUUGACUUUAAAGCACAGACGCUAAAGGAGCUUCCUCUGCAAAAAGGAGAUAUUGUUUACAUUUACAAGCAGAUUGACCAGAACUGGUAUGAAGGCGAACACCAUGGCAGAGUUGGCAUCUUCCCACGAUCAUACAUAGAGCUCCUCCCACCAGCUGAGAAAGCUCAGCCCAAAAAGCCAUCACCAUUGCAAGUAUUGGAAUAUGGAGAUGCUAUUGCCAAGUUCAACUUCAAUGGAGAUACCCAAGUGGAAAUGUCCUUCAGAAAGGGUGAAAGGAUCACAUUGAUUCGACGAGUGGAUGAGAACUGGUACGAAGGCAGAAUCUCUGGCACCAAUCGUCAAGGCAUCUUCCCUGUCACUUAUGUGGAAGUGCUGAAGCGGCCAGUGGUCAAGAAUGCCAUUGACUAUCCAGACCCACCAAUGUCCCUCUCCCCUAACCGCAGCAUGACAGCCUCACCACAGCAACCUCAAGCACAGCAGCAAGGAACCAGCCCUGACAGAAGUCAAACACCACGAGACAUAGUUAGCUACCAAGCCCUCUACAGCUACACUCCUCAGAAUGAUGAUGAGCUGGAACUGAGGGAUGGUGACAUCGUUGAUGUCAUGGAGAAAUGUGACGACGGCUGGUUUGUGGGUACAUCCAGGAGAACAAGGCAAUUUGGCACCUUCCCAGGCAACUAUGUGAAGCUUCUGUACCUGUAAAAUAACAGUAAUCCCACCGUGACAAUGAUGGGGUUGUUUUCCAGAUGGCAUUUUUGAACAGUGAAGAAACAGACAAUUUAUGAAUGUAAUAGAGAAGAGACAAGAUGUGUUAGGAGGAUGUGGUUAUGUGGUACAGUAUUGAGUUGAAUGUGUAACCCUGCUUCAGUGGGUUCAGGGUGUGAUUGUUUGCUGAAAAAGAGACAAUUUCUAGUUUACAGUGCUGCCUUUAUGUAUUCCUCUUCCCUCCCAGCAAGAGUUUUGAUGAUAAUCUUAAUUUGUAUGGAGUACUUACCUCUGAGAAGGCUUCAGGGAAGCACAUGGUAUAGGUUUUGUUUGUGUGUCAAGAUAAGAUAAUGCUUUGGGGCAGUACACACCCUUGCAGCUGCUCCCUUUCACUGGCAAGGUUCAGGGAGGCCAGGCUUUCUGCCCAGUGUCUGCCUCCCUGAAAACUCACUUUGCACUGCCUUACACUUCCAUAGAAAACCCUUCCUUCAUGACAUGCAUCUUAAGACCCAGCAGAGGACAACUGAUGUGGUUAAACUGCAGAGCUCUAUGUGGAAAAGGAGUCUGGGACUCGUGGUUUAAUCUGUUUAACCUGUGCAGCCAAACCAUAACGCAAACAUGAAAAUCCCGAACUCUUUAAUAACAUAUGGCCUUAUCUCUGCAGGGUUUUUUUUCUUUUGUGCAGAUGGUGUGUGUGUGAGUGUGCAUCAAAAUGAACUGAGUCCUGGUUUUUAAAGAGAAAUCAGCCUGGCUUUGAUAUUUAUCUGCACAAAGAAUAGAACCAAUAAACAGAACAGCCAUGAGAGCAAAUCCCAUUUGAGUGCUAUGGCCGUUCACUGUCUUUUUCCUCCUUACCCUGUUGUUGUUUUUAAAGGAUCACACACUUUCUGAAGCAUAAACUUUGGGAUGAAGACUGCUUCUUUCCCAGCAUUGAAUCUUAGAAGCUCUGAUAUAUCUGAGCAACACAUCACUGAGGGUGCCUUUUUUUUUUUUCCUUUUUGGCUAGUGUCAAUGGUAGGUCUCAAAAAAAUACAUGCAUUUUGGCGUACAAAAUCCUAAUCAAUUUGGAAAGCUGUUUCCAGCAGUUAUUACCAGUCACAUAGAUGCAUGUUUCCUUGAGAGGGGGGAAAAAAACUGUGGCAUGGCUGUAUGGUUGCCUGUAAAUCCACUGUUUUGAUAGACAAUUUGUUAUUAAGAAGAAGCAUAAACAAAACCGGUUCUAUCAGACUCUGCUUCCUACAGUUACCAUACAAAUAGCAAAGGGUUAAAUUGCUAUUUUGUCAUAAUCCGUAUUUAAUAAUAUAAAAUGCCUAUUUUUAUGCUGAUGCUUUUAUACAGAUUUAUUAAGAGUAACUACAACUAACUGUUAGCACGACUUGCAAUGUUUUGAUAAACUAGCCAUGCUCCUGGGUUUGAAAUCAAGUAGGCUUGUCUUCCGCCUAGCUCAGCGGAAGAGAAGACUCAUUGUCUCAGAAGUUUGACUGUAAAUAUGUAUAUUUAACUUUGUACAGACAAUGUACUUACCUUGUAUAGAAAAAAUAAUUUAAACACAUUGAGAGAAGGGAGGGGGAAAAAAAGGCAGUUGUGAAAGGUUGGGAUUUUUUUCCACUUUUAUUUAAAUGAUGGAAUUCUAUGUAUGUUCACAUAAAGAGUUUUAGCACAAAAUAUCCAUUAUGAAAGGUUUUCAGAUAUGACACAAAGCACCACUGUUUCUUUUCAGCAGGAGAUACCUUUAAUCCUGCAUCUUAUUUAUGGGUUUGUUUUUCUGCUUUGGGUUUGCUCUCCAGUUACUUGCAGCAAUAUUUAGGUCUGUUGCUAAGAUUGAAUAACACCAAAUUAAUCUCUCCAGCAAAGUAACAUGAUGAUACUGACUGUAUAUAACACACUCAUUUAAAGGUUUAUUUUUUGUUCUUGCUCUUGCCAUUUUAAUUUACACACACACACACAGAGACACAUGCACAUACAAACUGCAACUUAUUUUUGUGUUGAUUUUUUUGUUUCUUAUUGCAGUGGAUUACUAUUUGACAAUUAAUAAAUGGAAUUAUUGAAUUACUAUUGUGUUCCUUGUACAAAUUAUUAAAUAAAGUCCAUUCCCACUGU